AUGGGUGUCAAGUCUUUCAUUGUCGCGGCCUUUGCUGCGGUUGCCAUCGCUGGACCGAUUCCCGAGCCUCUCGACAUGAUGAAGCGGGCUGGGCCUGCUGCCGGACAAGUCAUCACCAAGUGUGCCAACCCUGGUCAAAUCGCUCUUGCCUACGAUGAUGGCCCAUCGCAAUACACCCAGAAGCUCGUUGACACCUUGACCGCUGGAGGAGCUAAGGGUACUUUCUUCGUUACUGGAUCGCUCUACGGUUGCAUCUACAACCAAAAGACCGCCCUCCAAAACGCGCACAAAGCCGGCCACCAGAUCGCGUCCCACACCUGGUCCCACCCCUCGAACUUCGGUUCGCUCUCCACCAACGACCUCACGUCGCAAAUGACGCGCCUCGAGCAAGCCCUCGUCAACAUCAUCGGCGUAAAGCCCACCUACAUGCGCCCGCCUUACCUCGCCACCGGCGGCAACGUGCUCCCCACGAUGAAGACCCUCGGCUACCGCGUCAUCACCGACGACGUCGACUCCGGCGACUGGAACGGCAAGACCCCUCAGCAGAGCCAGCAGGUGUUCCAACAGGCUGGUACCAGUGGCAACGGCCACAUUCCUCUCAUGCACGAGACUUAUGCCAGCACGGUUAACACGCUCACUCCGUGGUUGAUUAACUGGGCGAAGAACAAUGGGCUUAAGAUGGUUACGGUUGCUGAGUGCCUCGGUGAUGCGCAGGGUGCUUACAAGAGCGGUACGCCUAACGGUCAGGGUACCUGCUAG